AUGCUUCACAGUGCACGCAUAGGGUUGUCAGGCCACACCACCAUCUCAGCUUUUGCCUUCAGACCCGCUAAUCCCUCUAUUAAGACAACCUCUUCACUUGGUUUCUACAUGGAGCAAUCUCCUCCUUUAAACCUAAAGCAAUGUCACCAGCCCCAUAUCACAUGUCAAGCAACAGCACGGGAUGAUGAUGCUUCUCUAAGGAAUGAUGAAUCACCUGUUCACGGACUAUCUGAAGUGAUUGUUGGGGUUCUGGGAGGAGGGCAACUUGGUCGUAUGAUGUGUCAAGCUGCUUCUCAGAUGGCCAUUAAAGUCAUGGUUUUGGAUCCGCAAAAGAAUUGCCCUGCUAGUUCCCUGUCUUAUCAUCAUAUGAUUGGAAGCUUUGGUGACAGCACUACAGUGGAGGAAUUUGCCAAGAGAUGUGGAGUAUUGACUGUUGAAAUUGAACAUGUUGAUGUUGAUACAUUGGAAAAACUUGAGAAACAGGGAGUUGACUGCCAGCCCAAAGCCUCUACAGUCAGAAUUAUUCAGGAUAAGUAUCAGCAAAAGGUUCACUUCUCCCGGCAUGGUAUUCCACUUCCUGAAUUUAGGAAGAUAGAUGAUCUUGAAGGUGCUAAGAAAGUAGGGGAACUUUUUGGAUACCCUCUUAUGAUUAAAAGUAGGAGAUUAGCUUAUGAUGGGCGAGGAAAUUAUGUUGCAAAAAGUGAAGAGGAACUCUCUUCUGCUGUGGAUGCUCUUGGAGGAUUUGGUCGUGGUUUAUAUGCUGAAAAAUGGGCGCCUUUUGUCAAGGAACUAGCUGUCAUUGUGGCAAGAGGAAGAGACAAUUCAAUUUCAUGCUAUCCUGUUGUUGAAACUAUUCACAGGGACAACAUAUGUCACAUAGUUAAGGCUCCGGCUAAAGUGAAAUGGAAGACCAGGGAGCUUGCCACUGAAGUUGCUUUCAAUGCAGUUAAUUCUCUGGAAGGUGCCGGUGUGUUUGCUGUUGAAUUGUUCUUGACUGAGGAUGGAGAGAUUUUAUUAAAUGAAGUUGCACCUAGACCUCAUAAUAGUGGGCAUCACACAAUAGAAUCUUGCUAUACCUCGCAAUUUGAGCAACAUUUGCGGGCUGUUGUUGGUCUUCCACUUGGUGAUCCAUCAAUGAAAACCCCAGCUGCUAUCAUGUACAACAUAUUAGGUGAAGAAGAGGGGGAGCCUGGUUUUCAAUUAGCUCAUCAAUUGAUCAAAAGGGCACUGGCCAUCCCUGGUGCGGCUGUUCAUUGGUAUGAUAAGCCAGAAAUGAAAAAGCAACGGAAGAUGGGUCAUAUAACCAUUGUUGGGCCCUCCCUUAACAAUAUUGAAAGCAAUCUUGCAAUACUGGUGGAAGGGAAAGGAUUAGAUGAUAAGACUGCUGACGUCCCCAUUCAGCCAACACUUCAAGACACUGUUGCUCCACGUGUGGGGAUCAUAAUGGGUUCUGAUUCAGAUUUGCCUGUUAUGAAAAGUGCUGCUGAAAUCUUGGAGAUGUUUGGUGUGCCUCAUGAGGUAAGAAUAGUUUCAGCGCACAGGACUCCAGAAUUGAUGUUUUCUUAUGCCCAAUCUGCUCAUGAACGAGGCAUACAAGUCAUUAUUGCUGGUGCUGGUGGUGCAGCUCACUUGCCCGGUAUGGUUGCUGCUCUUACUCCCUUGCCUGUUGUUGGCGUUCCUGUGCGUGCUUCUACCUUGGAUGGACUUGAUUCACUCUUGUCAAUUGUCCAGAUGCCGAGAGGUGUUCCAGUUGCCACUGUUGCAGUUAAUAAUGCAACUAAUGCUGGAUUGCUGGCAGUGAGGAUUUUGGGUGUUGCCAAUGAUAAUCUUCUGUCAAGGAUGAGUCAAUAUCAAGAGGACCAGAAAGAAAGCGUCUUGAGCAAAGGAGAUAAAUUAGAAAAACAUGGUUGGGAAUCCUACUUAAACAAUAGUUGA